UCCGGAAGUGCUUUUCCAGGUUCGGGCCAGAGAGAGGCCUGGUAGGCACAGCCGCUGCGGCUCGAUCGCCUCCGAUUAGGGGCUCCUGCCGGAUCGGAGCCCGGGGGUCCGCGCCCGCCGCCCGAGCUCUGACCCCUCCCAGCGCCCGGGCCGACGACGCACAAAACGAUGCUGUUCUCUAAUCGGUAUUCCUCGUUCCUGUGGCUAUUUGAAGUUACGGUUGUGUAAUGAGUUCAGUCUGCGGUUGUUGCACGAAUGGAUCGCAGAGAAAUGACCAUGGAGAAGUAGAUGCCCAGAUGCAAAGUGAUGAAACAGCCAAUUUGUCAUAAAGUAAAAUGCAGCUGUGGCUUUUCAACCAGAUUAGAACAAAGUGUAUCUAUUUUCCUCAGAAGAGAAUUCCACAAGGUUAAGUCAUCAAAUGAAGAAAACAUGGUGUUCUGAAGUAUGAUUAAACUCCUGCGGCUGCAGCAAUGGUUAAGCAUAUUCAUGGCCAGAUCUAGUGCUCACAUGGUCUUCUGAAAGAAGCCAUGGGUAGCUGUUGUAGCUGUCCAGAUAAAGACACUGUCCCAGAUAACCAUCGGAACAAGUUUAAGGUCAUUAAUGUGGAUGAUGAUGGGAAUGAGUUAGGUUCUGGCAUAAUGGAACUUACAGAGACAGAACUGAUCUUAUACACUCGCAAACGUGACUCGGUGAAAUGGCACUACCUCUGCCUGCGACGCUAUGGCUAUGACUCAAAUCUCUUCUCUUUUGAAAGUGGUCGACGGUGUCAAACUGGACAAGGAAUCUUUGCCUUUAAGUGUGCCCGUGCAGAAGAAUUAUUUAACAUGUUACAAGAGAUAAUGCAAAAUAACAGUAUAAAUGUGGUGGAAGAGCCAGUUGUUGAAAGGAGUAAUCAUCAGACAGAAUUGGAAGUCCCCAGAACACCUCGAACACCUACAACUCCAGGGUUUGCUGCUCAGAACUUACCUAAUGGAUAUCCCCGAUAUCCCUCAUUUGGAGAUGCUUCGUCCCACCCUUCAAGCAGGCACCCUUCUGUGGGAAGUGCUCGCUUGCCUUCAGUGGGAGAAGAAUCCACACAUCCUUUGCUUGUGGCCGAGGAACAGGUACAUACCUAUGUCAAUACUACAGGUGUGCAAGAAGAGCGGAAAAAUUGUGCAGCUGUGCAUGUCCCGUUGGAGGCGAGGAUUUCUAAUGCUGAAAGCAACACUCCAAAAGAAGAACCAAGUAGUAUUGAGGACAGGGACCCUCAGAUUCUUCUUGAACCUGAAGUAGUUAGAUUUGUCUUAGGACCAACUCCUGUUCAAAAACAAUUAAUGGAAAAAGAGAAACUGGAGAAAAUUGGAAGAGAUCAAGUCAGCGGAAGUGGUGCAAAUAACACAGAAUGGGACACUGGAUAUGACAGUGAUGAACGAAGAGAUGCACCCUCUGUUAACAAGCUAGUAUAUGAAAAUAUAAAUGGGUUAUCUAUCCCUAGUGCCUCAGGGGUCCGGAGAGGUCGUCUGACAUCCACCAGUACCUCAGAUACCCAAAAUAUCAACAACUCCGCUCAGAGAAGAACUGCGUUAUUAAACUACGAAAAUUUACCAUCUUUGCCUCCUGUGUGGGAAGCCCGCAAACUAAGUAGGGAUGAAGAUGACAAUUUAGGACCAAAGACCCCAUCUCUAAAUGGCUACCAUAAUAAUCUAGAUCCCAUGCAUAACUAUGUAAAUACAGAGAAUGUGACAGUGCCAGCAAGUGCUCACAAAAUAGAAUAUUCAAGGCGUCGGGAUUGUAUACCGACAGUCUUUAACUUUGAUAUCAGACGCCCAAGUUUAGAACACAGGCAGCUCAAUUACAUACAGGUUGACUUGGAAGGUGGCAGUGACUCCGACAACCCUCAGACUCCAAAAACACCUACAACUCCUCUUCCACAGACCCCUACCAGGCGCACAGAGCUGUAUGCUGUGAUAGACAUCGAGAAAACUGCUGCUAUGUCAAAUUUGCAGAAAGCACUACCACGAGAUGAUGGUACAUCUAGGAAAACUAGACAUAAUAGUACUGAUUUGCCUAUGUGAGCCUGGAAAGCAUUACAUUGUUUGCACCUUUGUGAACUUAAAAAAAAUGAAGAUGCAAGUACUUCAUUUUCAUUUCUAAACACUAACUUCUUUUAUAGACUGAUAAAUUUUUUUUAAUAUUUCAUGUGCUUCUUUAAAGGGAAUUAAUGUAGAGCAGGUACUCAUUACAGAACACUAAUUUCAUUAUAUACUACUCAUUACUGUACAGCAGCACUCCCAUUUUCACAGUGCCUAUUUAAAAUGAGAGUUGAAGUGAGUGACAUGCUGGUUGAUUUUUAUCAAUAUUCUGGACUUAUGCAUAUCAUUCAUGCCUAAGUCAUGGUUGGCAUUUCAAACAUUUUAUAAAGCCUCUUGAUAAUGUGCAUUGCUAACAGAUAAUUCUAGGCUUUGAAAGUAAUAUUUGUAGAUUCACUGUUCAUGGUAUGUGGUGUUCAGCAUGUAACAUGAAGAAUCCUUUAUUUCAUUAAUUGUAGGCUUUUUGACUUGAGCCAAACCAGAUGUAAAAGAAAUAGAAGUACCACACUCCUUAUAUACCAGUCAGCUCCUUUGCCUUCAUCUUACUAGAAAGAGUCCUGUGUCCGUGAAUAUGGUUUGCUGUUGGUGUGUUGAAAGGCAGGGAAGGAGACAAUACUUUCUGUUUAUUCAUCUCAUGAUGUCAUUGGAAGGGCAUGCCCAGAUAUCUUAAUCAGAAUUACAUAGGCUCAAGAAUCAGUCUCAGGUCACUUUAUCCAAAAGCAUUUGAAAAUCUGAACCACGAUCUUUUGAAAGUGUCUCUCCUAUGGAUUAUUAACAAUAACAUUGUUCUGGAGGCAUUUGUGCCGUUAGGUUGCCACUUACCUUCAGUUUUUCUCCUUUGGUGUUUGGGAUGUUGUAUUUUGUUGCUUAAUGUCUUUUUCAACUUAAAAUGUUUGAGUUUGUAUAUAGUUUUCAAAUUGGAUUAUGUGUUUAUUGUUGUUUAGUUUGCAUUUUUGUCAAAUUGUGGUUUUGAAGGUUCAUUUAGAACUUACUGUUAUUCUAUAACAGGGUUGCCCUUGUCCAGUAUUUAUUUAUAUGCUGUUUACUUUUCAAGUUGUUGAUAAAAACAUUCUCUCGGUUUUAAAUUUUACUUGUGUCCAUAGGUGAUCUCUUUAGCAGCUGAGAAAAAAAAGGAAGUUACUUUUAACAUGCAAAGUUCCCGAAAGGUACUGUGUUUUCUCUUGGGCACUCUCCCCAGCACUUUAGCAGUGAUUCCCUCAAGUCACACGGCUGCAGUUAUACUUUGCCCACUGCAGUGCUCCUCAGCUCUGCUGUCCUUUCACUCAUAGCUGGAUCUUUGAUUAUCCCUGAUUUCAAUGGAAUGUUAAGGUUAUUGCCAGCAUAGCAAGUACAGUGGAAGUCGUGUAGCAAUGAGAUUGUUAUAAUUUAGGAUUUAAAAUGAAUUGAAGCUUCUAUAAACUGACGAGAGGUCAUAUGUCCAACUCUUGGAAAUCAAGAGUGUUCCCAUUUCCCAAACACUAGAGAAGACAAGAGAAGGUAGAGUGAAAAGAAGGUUAGGUAACCUUGCAAAAUAUUUUACCGUUUUCUCUAAUAUGAGGAAGUUUGAGAUUAUGAUCUGUAUCUAACAGAUGUAACUAAGAUUAAGUUAGCAUGAAAAUGUUUCAGUCAUAUAGCAUCCAACCUGUUCAAUAAAAAAACCAAUUAUAGGACAGUGAAUGGACUAGGAAUAUUAUUAGAAUGGGACCAUUAUAAAGAAAAUAAAUUAUUAAAGGUGUCUAUUAUUUUCAGUGCCAUUGGUUUAUGUGCAUAGCAGAAUCUCUUUUCUUUUUUUCUGUGAACUUGGUGCUUACUAAAGUGUUCACUGUUCUCUAAAAAGAGAGCAGUGGUAUAGGUGUGCAGUUUCCAUUUUUAAUAUAUUGUUGCAUUUAUGUUUUCUUCUGAGUAGUUUGCUAAUCGUGCCAAAUUUAUGUGAUUUUUGUAAUGUGGAAUAAGAAUUGUGAUGGAAUUAGUAUACAUGGUUUUCUCUGAAAUAAGCAGUCGAGACAGAAUAUUAACCUCCAAAUGGAAGGGCUGACCUAUUUAUUCAUUUUGGAGGUUGGAUACUUUUUCUUUUUCUCAUCCUUUUCAUUUUUCCUUCCAGAUUCUAAUUAGUUUUUAUAUUUUUUAGGUCACUCCAAUGUAAUCAUUGCAGUUCAUGCUUUAAAUACUGUGUGCUUUAAAAAUGAAAAUGGGACCAAUUUGUCUGCUAAGAAUUUGAUUUUAGGUACUAUGAGUAUUAGGAAGAUGUACACAUACAACUGGUGUUAAUUUCUAGAUGUCUCUGGAAAUCACCUGUGUUCCCAUUUAAUAAAAAGUAAUGUAGAACACUCCUUGUCCUUUGCAGUAGUCUAGUAAUGGGCAUUAAUAAUCUCUACCCUGGAAGAAUGUACCUAUUACUAGGUGCAUUUUAGAAUGAGACAUUUUAUUGGGAUAUAAUUGUGGCCAUAUGUUUCAGAUUUUCUGAGACAGACCUAAUUUUAGAUAUUCUGUUCUGUUGCUAGACUAUGUGACCCUACUUUUCAGUUUUGGAAAUAUAAUCAUUAUUCAUAUAUUUUCCUAAAUAGAAUCCUCUUUUAUCAUUAUAGAUCAUAACAGUUUUUAUCCCAGACCAGGGUUGGAAACAGAUAUGGAUAUUGACUGUGUUUUUUCUUAGUGCAUUUUACUUCCCAGUUUCAUCUUUCUUUAAAAAUGAAAUUAUGGUGCCUUCUCUCCCUCCAGGAAGAUUGGCAAAUAGUUCCUUUUAUUUACUGCUGCUGUGGAGUGAUGAGAUAUGCACUUUACUCUAGAAGAUUCAGCAAAAAACUUUUCACUUCCCAGUAUAUCCAGAAUAGGUCACAUUUGGGACUUAAGAAAAUUUGCCAAGCAAUCUUUGUUUUUAUAGUUAUUGAUGUUAACCCCACAAUUCAAUGUUAUAAGUCAAGCUAGUGUUUAUCACCCCCGCCCCCAAAGAAAUCUGUGGCACAAUAUAUAAAAAUGUACCUCAAUAAUGUUCUAUUAAAAAUGGGACAGGGGCCUUAUGUUUUCAUAAUUUCUCAAUAAUGUGCCACCAUAUUUUUGCCUCAAGGUAAAAGUUUUAACAAGCUAAAAAGUACUUCCCACUUCCCCCUGUGCUGUUCCUAACCCCUAAUGCCCAAGUGUUUUGUGCAAUGUGUAGUAUGUAUGUGUAAAUAUAUAUGUAUAUGAGCACAUAUACAUAUAUAUAUCCUUGAAAGAGACAUACCAUCAGAGACAACAUUCAGAAGUAACUGAUGUAUUGGCAUCUCAUUCAUAUUUCUGAUAUGUGAGGUAUAUGGUACUAAUUACCUUUUCCCUGAUGUUUGCCAAAUUUGAAUAAAGGCAUUGGUACGAAAUUCCAGAAUGUAUACAAAAUGUUUUUGGCUUGAAAAAUGAACAACUAUUUUAUGAUAUACCACAAUAUACUCUGCCCAAACCAGCACCAUAUCUAUCUUUCCUGUUCUUUAUAUCCCUAUUCCCCAUUUCUACUUUCUCAGUUUUUGGGGGUAUACACAAUUCUUUUGUAGCAUCAUUAUGAUUGCAAUUCUAUGAUGGACUGGUAUUAAUAGUACAGUAGUCACCGGUGUGCCACAUUUGCAUUAGUAAAUGCAAAAUAUACAUUUUAUAAAGGACAAAUUUUGUGUUAUGUUUUUAUUUUCAUUACAUUGUAUAAUAUUGUAAGAUUAUUGUAUGUCCUAAUUUGCAUUAUAAAUGUUUUUUUCCUACAUAAAGGCAUAAAUAUAGCAACUUUGUAUAAAGGUAGCUUAUUAGAUUUUUAAUUUUUUUUCUUUUAUAUAAAAUUGUCUAACAGUGGGACUACCGUUGCCAAAUUGUAUAUGAAAUAUGAAUUUUACCCCCUAUGGUUAAUUUCUUUAUAAACAUUCCACAUUUCUCUAAUAAAAGACAUAAGUGAUACUGUACUAUGCAUAAAUUGUAUUUUAAUGCUGUUUCAUAACAGCAUUUUAAAUUUGGUUUGCAUUUUUAAUAUUGGCAAAAUUUACCACUGUUGAUUAAAACCUUGCUGUAUAUGUAACAACAUCUUUUGCUCUCUCUUCCUCCCCACCCUUUGUUCUCUGUUUCUCCCUAUCAGUGCCAACUUCAUACAUUUUGUAGCAUGGCAAUAAAAUAUAACUUUUA